GGAUAACGUUCAUUUAAAUACCCGUGCCUAUCGUCACCAGCGAUUACUAACAGAUUCGUCAUGUUGUUAUUCACUUUACUUGCGGCUUGUUUGGUGUCGUAUGCAAGCUGCGAUCAAGCCACAGAUGAGCUUGUCGCCGAAUUCGAGAGCGCUCUUCUUGCUGUUCCCGAGUACAAAUGGCCCGCUGAGUUCAGACAGAAGUUUAACUCAAUUUCCAACUAUGGAGGAAACGCAGAACAUUGGUGCUGCAAAAACCCCGAUAAUGGAGGCAUGGUUCCCCCCAAGACACUUAGGGUGAAGAAAGUGGCAACUGUAUACCAAUCACAGGAGCGAAAAGUAAAGACCGGUUACACAAAGUGUGGUUGGAUGUCUACAAACACAUGUUCUAUUUACGCCUUGAGAUACUUUUCACAAGCAAAAUACAUGUACAGGGAAGAGUUGGUACUCGCCCCCCAAGCCUGCGGUAGAGCAAAAGGAACUGAACUUGUGUGCUGCGUUGGUUACGUCGAGAUCUUGAAGAAUUGCAUGGACCAAUACUGGGUGGUGGACAACAUUGACCUUAUUAAAAGACUCCAAGAUUUGCAGAAGAGGGAGAAAAGCGGCUAACUUUGCAAUGCAGUUGUCAUCUAAAUUGAUAAGAAUAAAAUGUUAAAACAAUUUCUAUAGUUUUACACCAAAAUAGGUUUUCGAAUUUUUAGGAAUAAACGUGUUGUGUAGUUUAAAGGACAUCUAGAACGAGCUAGAGUAAAAUAUUAAAAGCAGUUUUUUAAAAUUAGUGCUGAUAUUUCCCUUACAGUACGUUAUAAUACCAUUUUGUCAAAAAAUUGAGACAUUUAAAUUGAGACAAUUUAAAGUUGUAUCCUGGAA